AUAUUAAUGAUCUCAGUUUACCAAAGACAUGUAAGAUUGAAUUUCCAGAUCCAGAUGAUUUGUUGAAUUUUAAAUUGGUCAUUGCUCCUGAUGAGGUAGGCUAACUACGUGGCUGCAAAAGUUACGGUAGGGGGGCACGCAGCCUCGAUAGUAUAAGGGCAGGGUGCGAUAAUUUGCGCGUGCUUACUAAGUACCUGAGCCACGCCAAUAUUAUGGUCUGGUAGGUCUUUGUUUUAAGUACCACGUAUGUAUGUACGCGCAACUCUUGCUAUCUGCGUACUUACAUUUUACUGGUGUCAUAUGACUUUCCAAACCCAAGGUAUUCAAAACCAUAAUUAAGUCGAUAGUCGAUACAUGUCUGACAAUGCUUGGCAUGAAACAUGAUUGGACCAAGGAAUGUUAGAGUCAAUUUUAGUGUUUGUAUAUUGUGUAUAUUGCCAUUGUGUUACUUGUUAUAACUUUUCAGAUUACUGAAUGAAUACCUUUUAGAAACCUGUGUUUUAUGCAUGUACUUCACUUUGAAGACUAAGUACAUCUUGAGUCUUAAGUUUUAACCAGCUCAAGUACAGUACGGAGCAACAAUCAUUGGCGUACCAGUCAGACACGACUAAAAAUUUUGAAUUGUCGCAACGUGUUCUCCAAAUCUUCAAAAUAUUGUUGAAUCAAGGAUUCUUGCUCUUCAAAACAUUGUUGAGUUAAACCAUUCUGAAAUGCGACUACAUUCCUAACAUCUUGAGAGUUAGAGAUAUGGACCACUACCACUACCGUUUAUAAAGGUUCAGAUCUCUACCACCCUACCCAUAGGAAAUUUUUAUUUUACCACGCAGAAUCUGCGUGGCACGUGACCAGCCCCAGCCAGGGUCUUUCCUCCAGAAGAGGGAAAAGCCUGGGAACGAGGUUGUUUAUUUACUGGCUUAAUACGCAUUUGAUUGGUUCAUCAGGCAGAUUAAACGGAUCUGAUUGGCUAAUGGUAGCGGUAGUGGAUGUCAAAAUUCGGCUGAAUAUCUCUAAUUUGGAAAAGGGCGACCUCGGAUUUGUCUGCGGGAAAUUGUGAUGAAAUUAACAGGCAUGAGGCAUAGAAUUAUAGAAAUGUAGUUGAAAGAUUAUAUACGAUUUUCUAGACCUAACCAGGAGCUGUUCCUGGUUCGACUUAAAAUAUUAUAUAUAAUCUUCCGCUCGAAAUUUGCAAGUACAAAAACACUUCAACUGCAUGUUAUACUUGUCUUGAGUGAGAUGCCCGCAAAUCUCGAUAUAGGAAAAUAGUCAAAUUCCCGAAUGUUUUCACACGAAAACAAGGCACUUUUUUCGCGCAAGUGGAAGAUUCUUCGGUUUUGCUAAAAUGAGCAUGGCAGAAAGAUAGAACAAAGACUUUCGUAGAAUUUCCAGACCAUAUAACGUGUUAUAGAUCAUAAUUCUGAUAAUUGAAAUUAUUAUUCCUAGAUGAAGUUUAGACAGUAUAGGUAUAAUACUUUCGUUUUUGUUACAGGGAUUUUAUAGAAAUGGACAUUUUGAUUUCAGCUUUAAGGUAAUGUAUAUAAGCAUUGUAUAAAAUCUUCGAAUGUUCCAGGCGAUCAAAAUAAUUUAUCGUGUCAUCAUAAUUGUUCUUUAAACAGUGUCAAAAUUCUAGUUUGAAAUCAGACAAUCAAGGAGCAAUCAUAUAUAGAUCCAUGUCGUAAUAACAUCAAACGAAGAAUAUUAAGUCCUCCCACACUAAUGAGCAGGAAUUCCUGGUUUAAUUAUAAUCCACCUAACAUAAUCUUGUUAAUUCAAGCAUUCGUCCAUGUGCAGGUAUCCUGCAUGGUUAAAUUAUUAUUCCCCCGUUGUUGGAAAUUUUUCUCUGUGUGGUCAUUCCAGCCAUUGUGUAUAAUUUAUAGUAAAUAUCUUUAAUAAUAGCAAACUUGUAAAAAAAUAACCACAACAGUGAUCAAGUUAACCAGGACUGCGAUUAAAUUAACCGCGAGAAAUUUGGCCAGGGAUAUUUAGUUACUCCAAACAGUGUUAAUUUUGGAUUAACCAGGAGAUGUUUAACCAAGGUGUUUUUGAGUGUAUACCAAGGGUGGAUCCAGCAAGGUUUUUCUAGAGGGGGGGGUGCUGGGUGAGCCGCCGAGUGUUUCUUUAUCGUUCGUUUGGGGGUGGUGCAUGGGAGAGCCGAGAGCAUUCAAAUGAAUUGGCUUCCUAUCGGCUCGAGCACCGAAGGCGCGAGCUCCCUAGGGGUCCAGGGGAAAUUUUGAAAAUUAGAACCCUAGAAAUGCCAUUUGCUGCGAUAUGGGAAUUGAAUUAUGAGCUUGUUUGACUUCAAAAAAGUUCUCACCUUGGAAAUUAUGCCAUAUUUCUGAAUUUGAUUUUUUUGCACCCCCCCUUGCACCCCUGUUGACCAAGGCCAACAGGGGUGCGCACCCCUGUGCACCCCCUAUACAUGUAAAUCCAUCCCUGGUGAAAAGAGUAUGAUACACAUAAAAUCGUGUACAUUUAACGCUGUAUGUUCAUCAGAAAAUGACUCGUUUCCAAACUUUGAGUUAUUUAUUAAACUAUUAAUUUCCUCUCUCCAUGCAUGUUGAAGACGUUUUUAUAAACACUCCAUCUUUUCUUGUAAAUUUCACAGGUUGGACAAGGUUAUCCUCAUGAUGCUCCAAAAGUAAAAUGUGAAACAAAGGUAUUUUUCAUUUCCUCUGCGUACAGUAUACUGUAUACCUAUAUUUGCAUUGAGAUAUGUUUAGAAUUCCAGGGAAAAUGUGGAUUUACCAGGGUGUUAAACGGGUCAUUGUCAACCACAAAAGAGUAA